UCUUUUUAGUUUUUUAGGGUUUUUUAUACUGAUAGCAAUAUAUAAAAUAUUAUUUUGUGAAAGCCCGUCUCUCGGGGUGUAGGGCUUCAGUUUCAGAUCAAACAUGGUCAUUUCGUUGUUAUUUUUAUCUAUCUUGGACCUUAAUUGCAUCAUGUAGUUCUAGUCAUUUCAAGAUUUCCGCUUUUCUGCUUUUUGACGUUGGGAUUUGCUAAGAGUCAUCAUCAACGUGAAUUGAGCUCAUAUUAUCGUCUGGGUCACUUUCAGAAUCAUAGAUUUUUCACUGUUUGGCUUCAAAUUAUUGUGUGGUUGAAGUUCAAGAGCGUUAAUUUAUUGUGAUUUUGCUAGAUUUGUUUAUUUUGUUCCUGAAAUGGAUGACGGGGAGCUUGAUUUCUCAAACCAAGAAAUGUUUCCAAGUACAAACAUGGGUGAGUUUCCAAGCAGUUGCUCAAUGGACAGUUUCUUUGAUGAACUUUUGAAGGAUACUCAUGCUUGCACUCACACACACACUUGCAACCCACCGGGACCUGAUUCCUCCCAUACACAUACUUGUUUUCAUGUACAUACUAAAAUUGUGGCUCCUCCUAGUGAGGACAAGACGUCCACUGAUGACACUGCUGAAUCAUCAGAAAAGAAAUCGAAGAAACGUCCUUUGGGUAAUCGUGAAGCUGUUAGAAAGUAUAGGGAGAAGAAAAAGGCACGAGCAGCAUCAUUGGAGGAUGAGGUAGUGAGAUUAAGGGCUGUGAAUCAGCAGUUAGUGAAGAGGUUGCAGGGUCAGGCUGCAAUGGAGGCAGAGAUUGCGAGGCUUAAGUGUUUGCUUGUGGACAUUCGUGGCAGGAUUGAAGGGGAAAUUGGAUCUUUCCCUUAUCAGAAAUCAGUCAAUAACAUGAAUAUGACUAAUCCUAAUUUGAAUGGUGCAUAUGUGAUGAAUCCAUGUAAUAUGCAGUGUGAUGAUCAGGUUUACUGCCUUCACCCAGGAAUGGAGGAUAAAAGUGCAGAAGGCAUGGCUUUGAAUGGGCAAGGCUUUAAUGGUUGUGAGUUUGAGAGCCUGCAAUGUGUGGCAAAUCAGAAUUCAGGAUUCAAGGAGCUUCCAGUUUGUGGACUUGGGAGCAUAACCUCCAAUGUCAAUUCUUCCAGAAGAACUAAGCGGAAAGGAGGGGCUCAUGCGGCAGCAACAGAUUAAAGAGCUGGUUAGAUGGCAUUAUCCUCUUUCACAAGGAUACAUCUCUUACAAUAAGUAAUUUUGUCAAGUUGCAGCAUCAGCUUCCCUCAGGUUGCUUUGUGUUCUUUAUUUUUACGCUUUUUUUUUAUUAUUUUCAUUUGCCCUCUGUUGGGCUCUACAAGCUGGCAUGGCUUCUUUAUAUUGUGCUCAGCUUUAGCUAGCUUUGCUGCUGUUCCUGUUUGUUUAGUUGGUUUAUGGUCCAAGUCUAGAAAUGUUUUGUGAAGCGAGAAACUAAUGGAUCUGGAGUAGAAAAAUCUGACAGCAGAAACCAACUUCCUGGCUUUCUAUUUUCUACAAGACUUGGCUCGAUAAAGCCUAAUCCUCAUUACUCUCUAAGCCUGUGUAAAAUAUCAAUUUUAUGUGCUUUUUUCA